UCCGCCCCCACCGCUGCCGGAGCAGGACAAGCACUAGCUGAUCUGGGCGCAGCUGCAAGUACCACCACGGCUGCCUGCACAUGCACGAUCGGCCUCUCGCCCGCGCCCGCCCGUGAGAUCUGGUCCUGCUGCGCCUGCAACCUGCAUGCGCGCGAGCUGAUCCAUCCAUCCACACAAGGCUGCUGGUAUCCACCGGUCGGGAAGAAGAUGAUGCUCAAGGAUCUGGCCGCAAUUCAGCAGCAGCAGCUGGCCGCCGACGAGAACAUGUCCAACCUCACCUCCGCCUCCGGCGACCAGACCAGCGUCUCCUCCCACCCGCUCCCGCCGCCCGCCAAGAAGAAGCGCAGCCUCCCCGGGAAUCCAGACCCCGACGCGGAGGUGAUCGCGCUGUCGCCGCGGACGCUGAUGGCGACGAACCGGUACGUGUGCGAGGUGUGCGGCAAGGGGUUCCAGCGGGACCAGAACCUGCAGCUCCACCGGCGCGGCCACAACCUGCCGUGGAAGCUGAAGCAGCGCAACCCCAAGGAGGUGGUGAGAAAGAAGGUGUACGUGUGCCCGGAGGCCGGGUGCGUGCACCACGACCCCGCCCGCGCCCUCGGCGACCUCACCGGCAUCAAGAAGCACUUUAGCCGCAAGCACGGCGAGAAGAAGUGGAAGUGCGACCGCUGCGCCAAGCGCUACGCCGUCCACUCCGACUGGAAGGCGCACUCCAAGGUCUGCGGCACCCGGGAGUACCGCUGCGACUGCGGCACGCUCUUCUCUAGGAGGGACAGCUUCAUCACCCACAGGGCCUUCUGCGACGCGCUCGCCGAGGAGAGCGCACGGGCGGUCACCGCCGCGGCGGCGGCGGCGGCGGUGGCGGCGGGCCAGCACCACCAGACGCACCCCGGGAUGCUCGGCGACGGCGUACACCUGCCGGCCGUGCUGGACCACCCGUCGCAGCCGCCACUGGGCGGCAUGUCCUUGCAGGAGAUGUGCCUCAAGAGGGAGCAGUUCGCGCCGUCGUGGCUCACGCCCCAGCAGCAGCAGCACCUGGAGAUGGGCAACCCCCCGUCCGUGUUCGGGUCCCAGGAGUACAUGACGGGGAGCUCCACGCCGGAUAGCAACGCGCAGCCGGCGGCGGGCCUCGGUUUCGGGUUCUCGCCGCCACCCACCGCCUCGGCGGCGCACAUGUCGGCAACCGCGCUGCUGCAGAAAGCGGCGCAGAUGGGUGCAACGCUGAGCCGGCCGUCGAACCAGGGCCAGAUGGCGAGCGUCCACAGCACCAGCACCACCAGCGCUAACGCAGCAGCUGCUGCCGCAGGCAGCCUGCCUACCACUGGCGCCCACACUGGUGCCCUCGGCUUCGGGGCAUCCCAUCACUUUGGAGGGGAUCGGGAGAGGAGCAGCAGGACCGAUCGCGACGCCGGUAGCGGCGGCAAUGCCGCGGGCGCCGCCGCCGGAGGCGGCAACGACGGGCUCACCAGGGAUUUCCUGGGGCUACGGGCCUUCUCCCAGGGCGACAUACUCAGCAUGGCCGGGUUCGAUCCCUGCAUGUCGCCGGCCUCGCCGGCGGCGUACGAGCAACAAGGGCACCAGAUGAGCAGCAAGCAGUGGCAUGUCUAGUCGUCGUCAGCUCAGUUCCAUAGCUCGCCAUGGAUGAUGAAUCGUGUCCUAGUAGAUGAUGAGGUGCAGCAUCAGCAUGCAUGCAUUGCACCGCGGUAUUGCUCGAUCAUGCAUGUCGAGAUCAAUAUUUGGGUAAGUUGGAUCGAUCGAAUCCUUUUUGCUUGGCAGUUGGCACUUGUUUUGAUGUUCAUUUGGAGGGGGGGGGGGCAUUUCAAUUCUUAUAUAAACUUCAUUCAAGGUGCUAUAUAUAAGGAAGAGACUUGCAAAUGUUUAUGCUAUUAUAUCAUAGUUAAUUCAUGUUCUUAGUCAGAUUAUAUAUACACUGUAUCCAUUGGUAGUCAGCGGCUACUGAAUUUUUAAGCUUUGUACGAGGUCUACUACACGCGAAACCGUUGUUUACUGCAUAAACGGUCUGAUCGUUAUGCGUGUAGAUCCUUGCAUGUACCUGUUCAAAUAAAUGUUCACGUUCCUUCAA